AUGUCUCAUCUUCUCCAAUCUACCUUCAUCCCUACUACACCCACCACCCUCCGCCGUUGUUCUGUUUUCCCCACUACCCAUUUACGCAAAACCCAUGUAGUCGAAUCGAAGAUCCGUGAGAUUUUCAUGCCAGCACUUAGUUCUACUAUGACUGAAGGGAAGAUUGUUAGUUGGGUUAAAAGUGAAGGUGAUAAAUUAGCUAAAGGUGAAUCUGUUGUUGUUGUUGAAUCUGAUAAAGCUGAUAUGGAUGUUGAAUCUUUUUAUGAUGGAUAUCUUGCAAAUAUCAUUGUUCCUGAAGGUAGUUCUGCUUCUGUUGGUUCUACUAUUGCACUUCUUGCUGAAUCUGAAGACGAAAUUUCGCUAGCCAAAUCGAAAACUCUAACAACUGUUUCGAGUUCCAGUCAAGAAACUCCGCCUGCUACUGUAACCGAAGAAGUUUCUCCGGUAGUAUCUCCAGUAGCAGCUGCAGUUUCCUUGUCUUCCGAUGCAGUGAAAAUUGCAUCGGCGAUUCACCCAGCAUCGGAAGGAGGGAAGAGAGUGGUGGCGUCGCCGUAUGCGAAGAAAUUGGCAAAGGAAUUGGGAUUGGAUUUGAGAGGAGUGGUUGGGAGUGGGCCUAAUGGGAGGAUUGUGGCAAAGGAUGUUGAAGCAGCCGCUGCAGCUGCGUCAGAUGGUGCUGCUCCUAUUGGUGUGGCGGCUGCAGCACUGAAGCCAAGUGGCAGUGCACCAGCAGCUCCAGUAGUAGAUUUGGGGACGACUGUGCCAUUUACGACAAUGCAGAAUGCAGUGAGUAGAAAUAUGGUGGAGAGUUUGGCAGUUCCAACUUUUAGAGUGGGAUAUACUAUUACUACUAAUGCCCUUGAUUCUCUCUACAAGAAGAUCAAGUCGAAAGGAGUGACAAUGACAGCAUUGUUGGCAAAAGCCACAGCACUUGCAUUGGCGAAACAUCCUGUUGUGAACUCUAGUUGUAGAGGUGGGAAGAGUUUCACAUAUAACAGUAGUAUUAACAUUGCUGUUGCAGUGGCCAUAGAUGGUGGCUUGAUUACUCCUGUACUUCAGGAUGCUGACAAGGUUGAUUUAUACUCAUUGUCAAGGAAAUGGAAGGAGUUGGUUGAUAAGGCCCGGGCUAAGCAACUUCAACCCCAUGAAUACACCACAGGUACUUUUACUCUAUCCAACCUUGGGAUGUUUGGUGUUGACCGUUUUGAUGCCAUCUUACCGCCAGGAACUGGUGCAAUUAUGGCUGUAGGAGCAUCUCUACCCACACUUGUUGGCUCCAAGGAUGGUCGAAUUGGCGUGAAAAACCAAAUGCAGGUCAAUGUCACUGCUGAUCACCGGGUAAUAUAUGGUGCUGAUUUGGCUUCUUUCCUGCAAACCUUAGCACAGAUAAUUGAGGGCCCUAAAGACCUUACUCUUUAG